AUGAGUGGGGUGAACGGGGGAAAACCACCUGAUCCUCCUCCCUUGAAACAUAGUGAAGAAAUACUAAAUGAGGAUACAGCUAUGGACAUUUCGACAGACCAGGAAGUUAAGGUUAAUAAAAAUAAUUCUCAAAUUGAUCAAAACGCACAUGUAAGUAACUCUAUAUUUUCUAAUAUUCCAAAAGAAUCGCAAGGAACAAAGGAAAAUUCCACUACAGUUAACGCAGAUAAAGAUCGAGCAAUAAAAACUAGACCAGAGUUUUUAUAUGGCAAGUUCGAUUUAGGUCCGUUUCACAUUUAUAUCGAGAAUAAUUUAGUUGAAUUUAAAGGUAAAUUAAAUGCUUUAAGAAUUGGGGAUAUCAUCCUUUCAACUUUUCCUGAAUUAGACAACCUGAUUGUGAGUAUUGAUUCCUCGAUUGAUUCUAUUGGUCGAAAUAGGAUUAGAAUUAAGUUAAAAGACUACAAAUCUGCAAAUUUUCUUAUAAAGAAUAAAAAAUCUAACAUAUUCUUGAAAAAUAGUUGA